AUGAAUGGACAUCUAGAAACAUCACCAGUGGCCGUCUCUCGUGGAAAGGAGGCCGAUGCGUGGCUCAAGGCCACUCUACCAAAGAGAAUAGUCUAUCUAGAUGGUGCCAUGGGAACCAUGAUACAGCGGUAUCGAUUCUCAGAGGAAGACUUUAGAGGAGAUCGAUUCGUCACUCAUAAAAAGGACUUCUUAAAGGGCAACAACGACUUGCUCACCCUCACACAGCCUAAAGCCAUUCUAGAUAUUCAUAGACAGUACCUUGAGGCUGGUUCCGACAUGAUCGAAACAAAUACCUUCUCAGGAACAAGUAUCGCCCAAGCCGAUUACUUUAUGGAGGACAUUGUAUAUGAACUCAACAAGGUCUCAGCUGAAUUGGCCCGACAGGCGUGUGAUGAAUACACUGCUAAAGAUCCUUCCAAACCCAGAUGGGUUUGUGGAGCCCUCGGCCCAACCAAUAGGACUUGCUCCAUAUCUCCCUCCGUAGAAAACCCUUCCUUCCGUAAUGUAACCUUCGACGAACUAGUGGAAGCAUAUACAGAACAAACGAGAGGCCUGUUAGAUGGUGGAGCAGAUAUGCUCCUUGUCGAAACCAUCUUUGAUACACUUAAUGCAAAAGCUGCUUUAUAUGCCAUCGAUCUCAUAUUUGACGAAGGAGGAUAUGAUCGCGUUCCCGUACUGAUAUCAGGAACUAUAGUAGAUCAGUCUGGUCGAACACUCUCUGGUCAAACUGGCGAAGGCUUCUUGUCUGCGGUAGCUCAAGCACAUCCUGUAGCAGUAGGUCUAAAUUGUGCAUUGGGAGCUGAUCAGAUGCUUCCCUUCUUGCAAAAUAUUUGCAAAUCGAAUCCAGUUUACACUAUCUGUUAUCCAAACGCUGGUCUUCCAAACACUUUUGGUGAAUACGAUCAGUCGCCAGAGGGUAUGGCCAAACAAGUAGAAGAGUUUGCCAAAUUGGGAUUGCUGAAUAUAGUCGGUGGGUGCUGUGGAACUACUCCUCCCCAUAUCAAGGCUAUCGCCGACGUGUGUAGCAAGUACGCACCUCGAGUCCCGAUAAAGCCAGAGCCGUUGACGAUGAUAGUAUCAGGUCUAGAACGAUUACGUAUUGAUGAUCAACUAGGCUUUGUUAAUAUCGGAGAAAGAUGUAACGUAUCUGGAUCUCGAAUCUUUGCUAAAAAGAUUCUACAAGGUCAAUUUGAAGAUGCUCUGGCCAUUGCUAGAGCACAAGUAGAAAACGGUGCUCAAGUUAUCGACAUCAACAUGGACGAAGGUCUGUUGGACGGGAAGUCUGCCAUGACCAAAUUCCUUAAUUACAUUGCAUCUGAACCUGAUAUUGCUCGAGUUCCCAUCAUGGUGGACUCGUCAAACUUUGAAGUCAUUUUGGCUGGAUUGAAAUGUGCUCAAGGAAAAUGUAUUGUAAACUCCAUCUCAUUGAAGGAAGGUGAAGCUGAUUUCAUUAAGAAGGCCAAGAUUAUUCGUCGAUUUGGAGCUGCUGUAGUCUGCAUGGCUUUUGACGAAGAAGGUCAAGCAGCAGAUGCUGAUCGUAAAGUCGAAAUCUGUACACGUUCAUACAAGAUACUGACCGAGAUUGUUGGGUUUUCUCCUGGGGAUAUUAUCUUUGAUCCCAAUAUUUUGACCAUUGCGACUGGUCUAGAGGAGCAUAACAACUAUGCUGUCGAGUUCAUUGAAGCCACCCGACGCAUCAAGCAAACUUUGCCUGGUGCAAGGAUUAGUGGUGGUGUCUCCAAUCUGUCCUUUUCGUUCCGAGGAAAGGAAAUCAUCCGUGAAGCAAUGCACUCUGUCUUUCUCUACCAUGCCAUCAAAGCUGGAAUGGACAUGGGCAUUGUCAAUGCAGGUUUCUUGACCAUUUAUGAUGAUAUUCCCAAAGAUUUAUUGCAACUUUGUGAAGACGCAGUAUGGAAUCGUGAUCCAGAAGUCACUGAAAAAUUGCUGAAGUAUGCUGAAAGUCACGGAAAAGCAGGCGGUAAGGUUGAAGAAACUGAGGAAUGGAGGGAGGAAGAUGUAGAAAAACGUUUACAGUAUGCUCUUGUCAAGGGUCUGGGCAAGUAUAUCGUUCAAGAUACUGAGGAAGCACGACAAAACAAAACCAAGUAUCCUCGGCCAUUGAACGUUAUUGAAGGACCUCUCAUGAGUGGAAUGAGUAGAGUAGGCGAACUGUUCGGAUCUGGAAAAAUGUUUUUACCCCAAGUCAUCAAAAGUGCUCGGGUCAUGAAGACGGCUGUAGCACAGCUCAUCCCAUUCAUGGAAGAAGAGAGAUUAGCAGCAUUAGCCGCUGGUGGCCUGGUGGAAGAAUCAGCUGAUGAUGCCUACAAUGGAGUAGUCGUAUUAGCCACAGUAAAGGGCGAUGUCCACGAUAUCGGCAAGAACAUUGUCGGUGUCGUUUUAGGUUGUAAUAAUUACAAGGUCAUAGACUUGGGUGUCAUGACGCCCUGUGACAAGAUUUUGGACGCAGCCAUCCAGCAUAAAGCCGACGUAAUUGGAUUGUCUGGAUUGAUAACCCCCAGCUUAGAUGAGAUGGUAUAUGUAGCCAAGGAAAUGGAACGUAAAGGCAUGAAUAUACCACUAUUGAUUGGUGGUGCAACUACAUCAAAGAUGCAUACUGCCGUCAAGAUAUCUCCUAGAUAUAGCCAGCCUGCCAUUCACGUAUUAGAUGCUUCACGAUCUGUAGUAGUUGUGUCGAAUCUGUUAGAUGCCACCAAUAAGGCCGACUUCACCGAGGACAUAUCAGAUGAAUAUGAAGAUCUAAGAGCGGAGCAUUAUGAAGGGCUAAGAGAUCGUAAAUACCUAUCGCUAGCUCAAGUCCGUGAACGUGGACUCAAAAUCAAUUGGAAGAAUCUCCCAACAGCACCCAUACCACCGACAUUCGUUGGUACUCGAACUAUCACCGAUUGGGACUUCAAGCGUGUAAUCGAGCAUAUAGACUGGAAUCCAUUCUUCCAAACCUGGCAAUUACGAGGCAAAUAUCCUAAUCGUGGGUAUCCUAAAAUAUUCAACGAUGAAGCUGUUGGCGAGGAAGCCAAGAAGCUGUUUGAGGAUGCUCAAUCUAUGUUGAAGGACAUUGUUGCACAUAAUAUAUUAAAAGCAUCAGCCAUUGUUGGAUUCUAUCCAGCCAAUAGUGUUGGGGAUGAUAUUGAAGUCUAUGCUGAUGAAACCCGUAGUGAAGUGACCGCCACGUUUUAUGGAUUACGACAACAAGCUGAAAAGGAUCAUGAAUCUAAUGAGCCUUAUUACUGCUUGUCGGAUUUCGUGGCACCAAAGAGUUCAGGUGUUAAUGAUUAUAUUGGAGGAUUUGCUGUGUCUUGUGGGUUUGGUGUCGAUGAAAAGUGUGCAGAGUAUGAAAAGUCUCAUGAUGAUUAUAGUAUUAUCAUGCUCAAGGCCUUGGCGGAUCGUCUGACGGAAGCUCUGGCCGAAGUUUUGCACGAAGAUGUCCGUAAAUUGUAUUGGGGAUAUGCUAGUGAUGAAGCCUUGAGUACGGAAGACUUGCUGCAAAUCAAGUAUCAGGGUAUUCGUCCAGCACCAGGAUAUCCCAGUCAGCCUGAUCAUACAGAGAAGGAGACAAUGUGGAAGCUGAUGGAUAUCGAGAAGCAAACUGGAAUUACAUUGACCGAAUCUUUGGCCAUGACGCCGGCUGCUUCUGUCUCUGCAGUAAUGUUUGCCAACCCAGAAUCGAAAUACUUUGCCGUUGGCAAGAUAACUAAAGAUCAAGUGACAGAUUAUGCUGCCAGAAAGAAGAUGGAUAUAACUCAAGUGGAAAGAUGGUUGGCUACCAACUUGGCAUAUGAUACCGAUUAG